AUGGCAUUCAUCGCAUUUCCACAGCAUGCCAAGAGCCUGGAUCUUUCGACCGGCCACCACUACAACUAUAUUCACAUUCAAGCCCCCUCACAAAUCAAACCAACCAUCCUCUUCUUACAUGGGUUUCCCUCCUCAUCCUACGACUGGAGACAUCAAAUCACUCACUUCCAAUCCAGCGGAUACGGCAUCAUUGCACCCGAUCUUCUAGGAUACGGUGGAACCAGCAAGCCCGAUGCCCCGGAAAAGUACAAGGCCAAAUUGAUGACAGCGGAGAUUAUCGAGAUCCUCGAUCAUGAGCAUCUGAAUAAAGUCCACGGUGUUGCACAUGAUACCGGUAGUUUGUUGCUUUCACGACUGGCAAAUUACCAUCCCGAACGGCUACUGUCAUGUACUUUUAUAUCGGUGCCCUACAGCAAACCCGGCGAACAUUUUGAUCUGGAUGCCAUUAAUGCAAUGACGAAGAGUGUCCACGGCCAAGAGCAAUUUGGCUAUCUGAAGUUUUUUGUCAGGGAUGAUGCAGGAGACAUUAUCAAUCAGCACGUCGACUCGUUCAUCGAUAUUUUGUACCCCGCAGAUGUGUCUUUGUGGAAUGACCAUUUCGGUCCCCUGGGUGCUCUCGAGGCCUGGCUCUUGGCCGACAGUCGAGGACCUAAAGCUCCGUAUAUGACAGGCGACGAAAGGGAGAUUCACUGUCAAAUAAUGCACGGGAAUUACGGCUCAGCUUUAAAGUGGUACCACGCUUUAGUCAACAAUCUUAACGUCGAGGAUGAGAAAGCCUCUGAGCUCUCAGCAAAGCUGUCGGUGCCGGUUUUGAUGUUGGCUCCCGCGCAGAGCGAGAGAGAGAACACAGCCAUGGACGCAACAGCCUGCGAGGAAGCGGCCUUAUUCUCUGCGAAGAACAUGGGAGCUAACGGUCACUGGUUACAGCUAGAGGCAAGAGAUGAAGUCAAUAGUGCGCUUCAAGAAUUCUGGGAAUCGUUCUGA